AUGACUACCUUCUUUGACGGAAAGAAAUCUUUCGCUGACGUUCCAAUCGUCGACACCAAAAUCGACACUGCUGCCUUCCUCGAGGCCUCCGAGGCUCUCGUCAAGCUUUUUGACUUGUUGGGUUCCACUGCUUUCGCUGUUGUCCAGAAGGAUAUGACUGGCAACAUCGAGAAGGUCCGUGCCAAGCUCUUGGCUGACCCUGCUCAAGCUUCCACCUUGCAAGACUUGAUCUUGUCUGAGGCAGGCACCAAGUCAAAGAAGGCUACUCAAGGUCUUUUGUGGUUGGUCAGAGGAUUGCAAUUCACUGCACAGGCCAUGAGAAACACUGUGAACGACCCAAGCAAAGAAUUGCAGGCCACUUUUACUGAUGCCUACAACAAGACUUUGUCCAAGUACCAUGGAAUGUUGGUCAAGCCUAUCUUCAAGGUGGCUAUGAUGGCUUGUCCAUACAGAAAGGAUUUCUUCCAGAAAUUGGGUGAUGACCAGACCAAAGUCAACGAGGAGUUGGAGAAGUGGUUGAAAGCUUUGGAGGAGAUUGUAACUAUCAUCAUGGACUUCUUCGCUAAGGGUGACUAUGGUAAGGGCUUGUAA